AUGCUGUUCCCUCUAUUUUUUAUACGUUCUGCUUUGCAUUGUGUGAUUGACCUCUUCCACGUCCAACACCAGUAUUAUCAGCCAGGGCACUUUGUUAUUGGUGGAAUCACUUCACAGUUCUUCUCACCUGUCUUCACUUCAAUAGAUUUCAAGGAAAAGCCAAAGGAAACACCUGCUGAUGAAUAUGUCAUACUGCCAAAGAACUACCAGCAUGUCCUUGCAUUAGUCUUUGCUGUGAAUGAGGUCAACGAGAACCCCAACAUUUUAUCCAACAUCACUUUGGGGUUCCAGAUCUAUGACAGCUACUGUGAAGCAAAGAUGACUUAUCAGAAUACUUUGAACCUCAUCUCUCAUCAUAGGAAAACCAUCCCCAACUACAAGUGUGGUGUUGAGAAGAAGCUGGUAGCUGCCAUUGGGGGCCUUGACUCUGAAACUUCAAGCCAUAUGGCCUCCAUCUUGGAGCUUUAUAAGAUUCUACAGAUCACCUAUUCUUCAUUUACUCCAGCGGUGAGUGAAAAAGACCAUAUUUCUUCGUUGUACCAAAUGGCCCCCAGUGAAGAACAUCAAUACACUGGCAUUGUUCAGCUUCUUCUCUAUUUCCAGUGGAAGUGGGUUGGGAUAUUUGUCACAGCUGACGAUAAAGGAGAAACGUUUGUGAAAAAGUUGACACAGCAGCUUUCCCGGAAUGGCAUAUGUGUAGCUGUCACUGAGAGAGUGGUAAACCACAGUGGUUUUGGUGAUAAUGGGUUGAUAGAGAAAUGUCAGAAUAUGGUCGAGUCCCUAAGCAAAACAAACGUCAAUGUAUUUGUUGUCAAUGCAGAGAAAAACACCAAGACAGGUUUGCAAUGGCUGCUACUGAUAGGUAGAAUGAUGAGUAUGAGUCCCAUAAACAAAGUGUGGGUUAUGACCUCUGACUGGGAUUUCUCAUCGGAACCAUACCACAAAGAUCUGGAUCUUCAACCUUUCCUGAGGAAUAUCUUGUUUAACAACAGUGCUGGGGAUGCCAUCUUUUUAAAUGAGAAACGUGAGCUAGAAGGUGGAUUUGAUAUUAUCAACUGGGUGACUUUCCCAAAUAAGUCCUUCUUAAGAGUGAAAGUUGGGGAAAUGGAUCCUCAAGCUCGACAGGGCAGUGAUUUCUCCAUUGAUGAAAAGAUCAUCACAUGGCACCAGAGUUUUAACCAGGUCGUGCCCCUUGCCUUGUGCAAUGACCACUGCCAUCCAGGUUGCAGCAGACAAAGGAAAGAGGGGGAACCAUUUUGCUGCUAUGAUUGUACUCCAUGUCCAGAAGGGAAGAUUUCAAACCAGACAGAUAUGGAUGACUGCUUCCAGUGCCAAGAAGAUCAGUAUCCUAACCAAGAGAGAAACCAGUGCAUCAGCAAGAAAGAAAACUUCCUAUCUUAUGAAGCACCUUUAGGCAUCAGUUUGGCUCUUUUGGCUCUGGCUUUUUCUGCAAUUACAGCCUUGGUGUUUGGAAUCUUCAUCAAACAUCAGAACACUCCCAUUGUCAAAGCCAACAACCGGAAUCUCACCUACACCCUGCUCAUCUCCCUCCUGCUCUGCUUCCUCUGCUCCUUGCUAUUCAUAGGGCGCCCCCAGUUACAGACCUGCAAUCUACAACAAACUGCCUUUGGUGUCAUCUUCUCAGUGGCUGUUUCUUCUGUUUUGGCUAAAACCAUCACUGUGGUUCUGGCUUUCAUGGCCACCAAACCAGGAUCCAAGAUGAGGAAAUGGGUGGGGACAAGAUUUUCCAUCUCUAUUGUUCUUGGUUGUGCUUCUAUCCAGGCAAGUAUUUGUAUAGUAUGGCUCUGUACUGACCCUCCUUUCCCAGAUCUGAACAUGCACUCUCUGCCUGAAGAAGUCAUAGUGGAAUGCAAUGAAGGCUCAGCCAACAUGUUCUACUCUGUUCUUGGUUACAUGGGAUUGCUGGCUCUUGUCAGCUUUGUUGUGGCUUUCUUUGCUCGGAAGCUGCCGGACACUUUUAAUGAAGCCAAAUUUAUCACUUUCAGCAUGUUGGUGUUUUGCAGUGUGUGGCUUUCUUUUGUUCCAUCCUAUUUAAGCACCAAAGGGAAGUACAUAGUGGCUGUGGAGAUCUUCUCCAUCUUGGCCUCCAGUGCAGGAAUCUUGGGUUGUAUCUUCUCCCCAAAAUGUUAUAUCAUUGUCUUCAAGCCUGAACUCAACUCAAAAGAGCAGCUAAAAAAGAGAAAUAAGUAG